ACAAUGCCGUCAUUUCGUGACAAUUAACUUGCAUUAACGUAAUUAAUCGAAUCGGCUUGAGGACAGGACGAGCCGCUAGGGUUUUCCUUCUCGAGCUCGCUCUCGCUGUCCCUGCCGACGCAGUAGAAUUCCAAGCUUUACCCUAACUCUUGGGGCUUCCUAUCCAUACUGGCACGUUGGGUUCUUCCAUGGCGAUCGAAUCGUUCUAGUCGUUGAUCCAUUGCUGGGGUUUGGGGCGGUGUUUCCUCGGUCCUCCGACGCCGAUGGCUAGCCUCAACCCCUUUGAUCUGCUGGCGGACGACGAUAACGAUGAUCCUUCUCAUCUUAUCGCUAUUCAGCAACAAAAAGUCGUCGCCAAGAAGCCACCCGCUUCUGCUGCGGCGCCGGCGUUUCCGUCGAAGCCUGUCCCUCCUACCCAAGCAGUGAGGGAGGCUAGGAGCAAUGCUGCACCACCUUCUCGUGGUGGCGCUGGCUGGGGUGGGACAGGGCGUGGUAAGGGUGGGAGAGGAGGUAGGGAUUUAGGAUAUGGGGAGGUGAAUGGAUUUUCGAGGGGUUACGGUGGCGUUGUUUCUGAAGAAGGGGAUGCUGAUAAGCCUUCUGAAAGGAGACGUGGCGGAUAUGGGUCACAACGACAGUUAUUUCGUGGUGGUCGACGGGGUGGAUAUGGUAAUGUGAAUGGAGAAGGUGGGAUUGACUCCGAACGACCCCCACGGAGGAUCUAUGAGAGACACAGUGGAUCUGGUCGUGGUUAUGAGAUGAAGCGUGAGGGCGCAGGGCGUGGGAACUGGGGCACGACUUAUGAUGAUUUGAUUGCAAAGGUGAGUGAAAAAGACUCAAAAAUGGAUGAGAAGCUUGCAAUUCCUUAUAAGCAGGCAGAAGAGGAUGAUAGACUGCCAAUGGAGGUGAAUAAGGAGGCCUCAGCAAAUGAGAACGAGGAAAAGGAAAUGACUCUGGAAGAAUACGAGAAAAUAAAGGAGGAAAAACGGAAAGCACUACUUGCAAUGAAGCCUGAAGGGAGGAAGGUGGAAAUUGACAAGGAUUUUGAGUCCAUGCAGCAGCUGUCUAUUAAGAAAGGAAAUGAUGAUGUAUUUGUUAAAUUGGGUUCUGAUAAGGAUACGGGAAGAAGGAAAGAUAAUGAUCAUGAGGAGCGGGGAAAAAAGCAUGUGCCUAUUCCUGAGUUUCUGAAGCCAGCUGAAGGGGAAAGAUAUUACAGCCCUGGUGGUCAUGGCUUUGGUCGUGGGAGAGGCCGAGGUGAUCGUGGAUCAAUCUGGAGCGAGUUUGCUGGUGAGACAGUGAUCUCCGUUUCAUCUCCUUCACUCGAGGAUCCUGGACAGUUCCCUGCCCUUGCUUGUCUUCGUCUCUCCUCUCAUUCGGCGAAGUCUCCCGAAAGCAACCUUACCCGUGGAGUGGAGCAUAUUUCUUUGAGGAACUCCGUCUACACGGUUCAACUACCCUUCAUAAGUCUUUUCGUCCGAUCAAUUUCAAUCCACGCGCUGCAGGAGCAAUCCGGGGCCAACAAUCGACACCAUAGAACAGCGUGUCAUGAUCAAUGAAGCACAGAAAAAGAAGCUAACACGGAUUCAAAUUCUAACUAAAAGGUUCUAGCUUUACUGCAGAAUACCACUUUAUAUCUCGUCCUCCGUCUCCGCCUCCAAUGAUGCAGGACUCGGCGGCCGCAGCCCCAUUCCAAGCGGCGGCCACGAAGUCUCAGAUUCCGGAACCUGAGGAGAAGCUGCGAUGCCCAAGGUGCGACUCCACCAACACCAAGUUCUGCUACUACAACAACUACAACCUCUCCCAGCCGCGCCACUUCUGCAAGAGCUGCCGCCGCUACUGGACCAAAGGCGGCGCCCUUCGGAACGUUCCCAUCGGCGGUGGCACCCGCAAGAGCUCCAAGCGCUCCAAAACCUCCUCCUCCUCCUCUUCUGCUUCCAGUUCCAAGAGCUCCAGUCCCCCUAAACCCGGCCUUUCCCCGUCUGGACACGCACAACCUGAGGCCAUCUCCGUUAUGCUCCCACCCCUCGACGCGGACUACCGAUUGCUCGAUACCAGUGGAAGUUUCAUCUCGCUUUUGGCAUCGAGUGGACACUUCGGAGGCCUCUUGAAUAGCUUCCUUCCGGGGGAUGGCGCCUCUGCUGCGGUGCGGAAUCCCAGUACUGUGAGCAGUUCAGGCGUCGAUGGCCAUGAAUGGGAAUUACAGAACUUCACUGGCAGCAGUGGCUAUGAGAGCAUAGCUGCGACAUUGUCAACUGAGAACUUGAGCUUGCAAGUUGAUUCUGAAUGCUGGGCUGGAGCAUGGCCUGAUCUCUCCAUCUACAAUCCAGGCUCAAAUUUCCUCUGAAAAGAUCACCUUAAAGCCUUGUAGCAAUGUAUUAUUAAUAGGAAGGUGGAACUGAAAAAGAUCACCUUUUUAUUCUUCUUCUUCCUUGUCACAGGUAACUGAACUGCUUAUGAUACAUAUCAUGCUUAAUGGUAUAGUUAGCAUAUAGUUUUUUAGAA